AUGGUAAAUGGCCUUCUUAAAACUGUCCAUGGUGUCCCUCCUGGUGUUGCCACGUUCCACCACAUUAUUACCGCCUCAGUUGGCAACCAUGAACUUGAAGCUAUGAAGAGCUUGGUUGACUUUAAGCGUUUGAAUCCUCUUCAUUUUGUUCCGGUGUUGGUUGAUGGUGACGUAGUGGUUUCAGACUCCUACGCAAGAUUACUGUAUCUGGAGGACAAGUAUCCACAGAGACUGUUGUUGCCUGCUGACCCUCGGCUAAAAGCUCUUAAUCUCCAGGCUGCAAGCGUUAUCAACUCUAAUAUACAGCCUCUUCACAUGUUGUCGGUGCUGCAACAUCUUGAGGAAAAUGUUGGUCCUGAAGAGUCACUAUCAUUUGCUAAGUUGAAUAUAGAAAAAGGCUUACUCGGUGAGUGA